AUGGCUCUGCCUCAACCUUCUACGCGCGAGGCCCAUUCGACUUGGCGUUGGUGGCUACUAGGCCUUGCAGUUGCUGCGCUCGCCCUUCUCAGCCCUGCGUUAAGCUCCAGCUCCACAUCUUUAUGCCCCCAAGCACCAACCCAUGACGUCCAAUCACAAGAUCAGCUGACAAUCGACAUGCUCAAGAAUCUGAGUUCAGAGGCUUAUCGGGAGAGAAGUAUUCAACGGCUGGCAGGUGCUAUCCAAAUCCAGACAGUAGCAUACGACGACAUGGGCUCCGUCGACCAGGACCCCCGUUGGAAAGUCUUCGACGAUUUUGCCGCCUACCUUCGCACUGAAUUUCCCGCUCUCCAUGAGACAAUCAAGCUAGAAAAGGUCAAUCGCCAUGGUCUUCUUUACACAUGGACUGGUAGUGACUCAUCUCUGAAGCCGACGGUCUUGAUGGCCCACCAAGAUGUUGUGCCUGUUCCUGAAAGCACCGUUUCACAGUGGAACCAUCCGCCUUUCAGCGGGGAAUUCGAUGGAUCGUCUAUUUGGGGAAGAGGUGCUCUAGACUGUAAGAACACACUGAUUGCGAGCUUGGAAGCUGUGGAGACUCUGCUAGCGGCAGGAUUUGCGCCACGUCGCACCAUCAUUCUCUCAUUUGGGUUCGACGAGGAGAUCUCUGGCCACCACGGAGCUUCAUUUCUUGCAUCCCACCUCCUCCAACGAUACGGGGAGAACGGCAUUUCGCUUAUCAUCGAUGAGGGUGCCCCUGUUCUGCCUCUUUGGGGUUCACAUUUUGCGGUUCCGGGAGUAUCUGAGAAAGGCUAUGUCGACGUCGAAAUUGUGGUCCGUACCAAGGGAGGUCACAGUUCGAUGCCUCCUGCACAUACCAGCGCAGGUAUCGCCGCUGAGUUGGUCAGUCUUGUUGAGAAAUCGCCAUAUCAACCUCAGCUACAUCAGGAUAACCCGCUGCUGGACUUUUUAUGGUGUGGUGCGGAACACGCUCCGGGAUUCAUGCCAGGUUUGAAAUACCUACUACCGAAAAGAGAUAUCACAGGCGUCUUGGAGACUGCUAAGCGGAUGUUGUUUCCCAGGCUAGUGGCGCGUGUAAACCACAUGGCUGGGUAUCUCAUAUCGACAACCCAGGCGGUCGACGCGGUACAUGGGGGUGUCAAGGUGAAUGCACUGCCUGAGCGGACAACUGUUUUAAUAAAUCAUCGAGUCAACAUUGGAGAGACAUCCGAGCUGAUACAGAAGAAGCUCACUAAGCUCACUGGAAUUGUAGCAAAACGCCACAAUCUCGCAUUGCACGCAUUCGAUGGUUCAGAAGAACAACAGUCCUCAAUCAAUAUUCAUUUCAUGGGUAGCGUACUCGAGCCCGCACCUGUGACUCCAACACAGGCAGAUGCCAAGGGAAAGGAUACCCCAUGGUCAGUAAUAUCGAGCACUACCAGAGCUCUCUACGGGAAGGAAGUUGUGAUGGCGCCAGGUAUUAUGCCUGCGAAUACGGACACCAAAUACUACUGGAAGCUCAGCUGGCACAUAUUUCGAUACUCUCCAGGCUGGGAUCCUGAGGUACUCUCAAUUGAGGGUAUACAUACAGUGAACGAACGAGUAAGUGUUACAGCACAUAUCAGGACUGUACAGUGGUAUGUCUCUUUCCUGAAAAGGGUGGACGGAGCCAAGUUCACUCAAAAGUGA